AUGUCUCCGGUCACGAAUUUUUUCAAACCACCCGCCUUCUCGCGUUUUUCUCAAACCCCUACACCCGAGAGGAAAAGGAGCAAUCCCCCGCCAAGACAGCCCUUGCAGACCCCGUCGUACCCGCAGUCCGAUCCCCCGCCAUCUUCGAAAAUUGAUUUGACUUGGGAGGAUCACGAUGAGCCGAGAAGCCAGCUGGGUGCCUCCCUGAUGCAGUCGAUAAGCGACGACUUUCCUCUGUCUUUGCCGCCCGAACAAAGCUCUCAAAGUCAUGGGUCGGCCCCACCACCUUCAUCUCUUGGGAGCUUUAUUGCCUCGCAACGCAUCGUCAAGGAUGGCAAAGAAGUCGUGAUCAGCUCAGAUGGAGAGGACACAGACUCAACAGACUCACUCGACGACCCUAGCUUCUUACUUGGGCCGAAGUUUCGACAACAAAAGCAAGAGACCAAACCAAAUCGCGUAGACAAGGCAUACCUGCAAACGCUUUCGGUCCCGACGAUAUAUAAACAUUCCCUGGACUCGCUUGUGCAUGCUGCUGUUAGCGACCAAAAGACUGAAGCGAACGUCGCUAAGAUCAAAAUGGGCUUCGAGCUACAUCGCACUCCAGUUGCGCCUAGCCAAGACUUGGGAUCAAAGACAAAAAAUGGCAUUCAAGAAGGAGUGUUAACAUCGGCUCUGAAGGAGUCCGAGGAUGGAAAUGAAUUCCGACGUCUGAUGGAUGCCAUUCGAAGAACCGAGGCUCUCGACCAAGACCGCAUCUGGCGCUUCUUUGAUCUGGUGCAGAUGACGCCGGCCGCACCAGACUUCCCAAGAGAUCUAUUUCCGCCCGGAUCUCAUCUGUCCGCCCUACGAGAACCCGAAACUCGAAUUCAUACUUUCCAGUCGGGCAUACUAGAAUAUGCAGCGUCAUUGCAGCAACUGCCCGAUGAGCUUCUUUGCUGGCUCUUCCGCUCGAUCCCGCUCGAGCCUCGGGAUGAGUUACGGACAGCUUAUUGCCGGAUCUUCACGCAAACGCCCGCUCAACGUGUGGAAGACCUUGUUCGUCCGGAUAAUAUCGAUGAACUAUUUCGACAAAUGGGUGCCAAGCCGCAAGCACUGGAUCUCACAGACUGUGUCGUUGAGGACUCUUUUGAACAAUUAUCGCAGACGCCUCAGCUCAAAGUACGAGGGGUUCUUCUCUCUACAUUUCAUUUGCUCCAGGAUGCCGCCGACUUGUUUUCAAAUGAUACGAGAGAGCGUGCGAUUCAACUCUUGCUGCGUAUAACGCUGGACACAUCCUUGACGGCAGAUAAUCUCAUUCAUUCUGAGCUACAAAGUGCUCUUAGUGCACUUCUGGAAAGAGUGCCUGAAGCUGAUACAGAACAGACUGAACGUCGAAUCUGUGCAACGGUAUAUGAAACUGUCAGGGAGCCCCAGUUCCAAAGCCGAAUGCUGCACCAUAUUCUUCCCACGUCGACUUGGAUUUCACUGCUGCGGUACCGCCUCGGCGUGGCCUUCCUUCUUAAGAGCCCGGAGCCCUUGACAGAGACUCCGUCGACUGUUCUGGACCUUAAACGCCUCACCCUCUUUUUAAUCCAAGACGAACGAUUUGACAGGCAACUACGCAAUCCAAGAGGCGAAUAUAACUAUACCGAGCUAACUGCCAUUGCUCAUCUCCUGGACAUUGUCGUUAAUUCCGCUCCGUACACUUUGAGAUGCGAUCACGCUGACUCGGCAAAGGAGCUCGACGCCGCCAUUGACAAGCUGGCAGCGCAGAUCAAGAAGAUCUUCAGUUUAAUUCAAGAUUCCGGCGCUUCUCAUCUCAAACGCAUGCUGGCUAAAGAAGCCCUGGAGGCGCUCUACUAUCGAGUGCUUUACGCGAUCCGGUCCAAACCGCCUCCCAAAAAGACGCUUUUCAAACACUAUGGCUCGGAGCAGCAAAAUGGCAACUUACGCAAUAUAUUCAGACCUAAAGUCGCUCAUGAUACCAGUGAUGCCGGGACGUCGAGUGGCGUAGACACGCUCGAGGGUACGGCCAUGCCUAUCCGCGGGCACUAG